ACGCCCGCGUGGUUGGUUGUGGUCGGUGCACGGAGACAACAUUGAACCUUCCCAGAGUGAUUGAUUUAGUUGCUCGGAGGGUUCCUCUAAGGGGUUCGCUUGUUUGCCGAGGGAGAGGUAGAAGAAAUAGAGCUAGAGAAAUCACACUGUGCGACACUUUCAUUCCCCGUCGAACCCGUCAUUAACCGUCAAUGGCAGCGACGACCAGUUAGUGAGUAGUGCGGUUGAAACGAGCACUUUGACAGUGCUUAGCGUUCAACUAUGAAGCAUCCUAAUGUGUGUUUGUGUAGUGAAACAGUCACCUAAGUGUAGUGGGAAUGAAACGACGAUAAAACAUCCCGCGCAUUCAAUCCAGUGCAGUGACAGUGUUUAGCUAAAGUUUGACUACACGUAGAUAGUGUUCAAUUUGCUCACGAAAAGCAACCCAUUCUCCCCCCCGUACCCCACACCGACGCCCCAGUUAGGUUAAAUCAAAAGCAGCCUAGUACAAUGCACCCGAAUCAAUGUCCUUCCAUACAAGCGGACGGCAGCGUCGAAACGCACCCGAAUCAGUGCCGGAACCGUUCACCAAGCCAACGAAAUGUAUGCUGAACCGACUGCAGGACAAAGGCAAACAUGACCGAGCGCGCCAACAAUGACCAUUAAUCGACCGGCGUGCGAUGUUCAGCAACAUCCUGCAACGGUACCGGUACUAGCCAGCGCCUGUGACGACGAGGACGACGACACGACCCGCACCGGAAACCGUCUGUUCCGGCUGCAGCAGCAGCAGCACCAGCAGCAGGGUGGGCUGCACUCCCUCCGGCACCAAUACCGGUUGUCGUUUGCUUUUGUGCUUUUUCUGCUGCAUCUCUGUUCGCUUGCCGGCCCUGUCCGGUCGCAUCCACGCAAUGAGAAGGAAAACUUUGUUAAAACCACCGACGUGGAAGCAAUCGAGGACCAGCAAGCUGUACUGUACUGUCCGCUUCUAGCGUCCAACCGCGACAAAAUCAAUAUGGUGCUGUGGUUUCGUGACAACGCUGGAAUUCCUUUGUACAGCCUCGAUGUACGUGGAAAAUCGCUCAACGAUGCUCAACAUUGGUCCGCGCCGCAGGUGUUUGGUCCACGUGCCCGUUACGUGAUCGAAAGUGAUCCAGCGUAUUUGGAAUUGAACGAAAUUAAACGUCACGAUCAGGGAAUUUAUCGCUGUCGAGUUGACUUCCAGAACAGCCAAACGCAAAGCUUCCGCUUCAAUCUCACCGUGAUUAUACCGCCAUCGCAACCCGUAGUUCUAGAUCGCUGGGGACGUGUCAUAAAUAGUACAAUAAUAGGACCAAAGGAGGAAGGAGAUGAUAUACUGCUGACCUGCCGUGUAGUUGGAGGCAGACCGCAGCCCGAUGUGCUCUGGUUCAUCAACGAUAAUCUAGUGGAUAAUCAGAUCGAGCAGAACACCGGAAACAUUAUCGAGAAUCGUCUGCUGUGGACAUCCGUCCAGCGGCACCAUCUGCACUCGGUCUUCACCUGCCAGGCGUCCAACACGAAGCUGAUGCAGCCCCGGACGAGCAAGUUUGUGCUCGAUAUGUACCUAAAACCGUUGGCGGUGAACAUUCUCAACGCAACGGAAUCGCUUGCCGCCCACAAGGAGUACCAGAUCGUCUGUCAGUCUACUGGGGCGCGCCCGAACGCGGUCAUCCAGUGGACCAAGGGCAAGAAGACGCUGAAGCGCGUCAAGGAGCACGCAGUCCGCAACACCACCUACUCGGUGCUGACGUUCGUGCCGACGGUCGAGGACGACGGCCGGCUGCUCGGUUGCCGGGCCCAGAACCCGAAGGUGGCGGGCCUGUUCCUGGAACACUUCCAAAACAUCAGCGUACACUAUCCGCCGGUGGUGGUGCUGCAGCUCGGCUCCACGCUCGCGAUGGACGAUAUCAAGGAGGGUGACGACAUCUACUUCGAGUGCAAGAUACAAUCCAACCCGUCAUGGAGAAGGUUAACCUGGUUACACAAUGGAGUGCAGCUACCUCAGAACUCGUCGUCGACCAAAAUCGUUCGAUCGAACCAGAGUCUGGUCAUACAGAAGGUGACGCGAUACUCGAGCGGUUCGUACCAGUGUGGCGCACUCAACUCGGAGGGUGAAACGCUUAGCAACGAGAUUGUGCUCAACAUCAAAUAUGUUCCUCUCUGUGCAACGGAUAAGAUUGUCAGCAUCGGUGUCUCGCUGGACGAAACGAUUACCGUAAGCUGUGAUAUCAUCACACACCCACUAGCGAGCAAGUUCUACUGGCGCUUUGAAAACUCGGAAGAGGUGCUGGAAAUCGAGCAGCAUCGAUUUUCCAGCAACGGUUCAUCGAGCCAGCUGCACUACACGCCCGCGAGCGAACAGGACUACGGCACCCUGUCCUGCUGGGGCACCAACGAGAUCGGAACAAUGGCGGAACCGUGCAUUUUCCACCUGAUUGCUGCCGGUUUGCCCACCUCGGUCAUCAAUUGCUCGUGGCGCAACUUUACCAACUCGUUCGAGGUCAACUGCCACCAGGGCUACGAUGGGGGACUGAAGCAAUCGUUCGUGCUGGAGAUGCUUUCCAGCCGUUACCCAGGGCACAGCAUCAACCUUACCAACGCGGAGGAGCCCAUCUUCAGCAUCACAUCGUUCGACCAGCUCCGGCAGCAGCUCCCCCCGGCCGGCCACCACAAGCCGGACUCGCUCAAGCUGUACGUCUACUCGGUCAACCAGAAGGGCCACAGUCCACGUAUCUUCAUCGCCGAUCUGCUCAUACCGGCUGCACCGGAGGUGGCGGCUCCGUCGCCCGAUCCCAAGUCCAACCUGCUGACGCCCAUCCUGAUCGGUCUGUUCCUAACCAUCCUGCUGAUCAUCGUCAUCAUCAUCGUUAGAAUUUAUCUGAAAUCGAAAAGACUUAAACAAAAUAUUAAUAAAGAAAAGCGAUACACGGAGGAGUCAAAGAAUACGCUUCUGCUGGUUGACAUAGCGAAGAAGGACAAACCCACGAAAACCACCAAAUGGAUGAACAACGUCGGCAGCAGCAUCAAGACGAAAACCAAGGUAGAAACUAUCGACGACGAGCAGGAUCCCGAUCUGAUACCGUAUCCUCGGCUGACGGACAUCCACCAGGAAGAGCUGAUUCCGAUUAACUCGACCAGCUCAGCAUUUGCCAUCAAGCACCAGCAGCUCGCCCAUUCGCCCCAGGAGCUGGAGCUGGAUAAGGCGGGCCGGGAGAAGGGUCCGGAUCGGUUCUACCAUCAGGCCAACCACCAUCCGCACGGGCACCAGUCCGUCAGGACGGGCGCCGGGACGUACCGGGACGAGGAGAUCUCCGAGGCGGAAAUCAACCUGAAAGGAAUUGAAGACUUCCUAAUGACAAACCGAGUGCCGGAAAGCUGUGUGUGAUAUCGAUCGACGUUCGCUAGGGUUCGGUGGGGAGCUGCUGUAUGAAACGGCAAGGGCCAUUUCCUUCCCUACUCGUGUUGGUCAGUUAGAAAAGACGUCUCUGAACCACUCCCACAAUCGGUGCUGAGUUAGUGUCGUCUUUGUACGUUUUCGGAUUGAUUCAAUUUGUGCUGUCUAUCAUUCCUGUUUUUUUUUUGUCAGUUUUGUACGUGUGUUGUCUGGGUGGGGAGUUGUUCAUUUCGUACGCAGUUGUAUCGCUCUUUUUCCCCCCACCGUAGUGGGGAAAGUUUCGAACCAACUUCGGGCAAACUGGCAGUGCAUUAAAUCAAAAAGUUAUUUGCAAAACUCCUCUUCAUUUUCUCCACUGUGGAUUGUUGCUGAGUGGAGUGUAGCUAAAAGUAAAAGCACUUCCCUAUGGUUCGUAGUACUCGAGUUAGGGAAGUUGAGAAAAGUGAGGCAAGGGCAGAAAAAGAAAUACAAAUUUGCAACAAAAAUCAACGAUUAUUGCUUUCUCCGUUUUUAAAGCUGUACAAAUCGGAUUCGUAAGCAGCGGGGAAUAGGAAUAGUGUGAGCGCUCGCUCGGUGACUAUUCAUGUUCAAGCUUACAAACUUACAACAAACCCCCUCCCUAUUAAGUAGGAGCUCGGAGUGUUCGAAGCUCCCAGUAGCUGGAUACAUAAUAAUAAUAAUCUUGGAACCCUUCAAUGUAUAAAAGAAAUCCAACGCAAACAACCAAAAACUGUGUAGCUAAAAAAUAAGCGCAUCUUUAAGCUGCAAACCGGAAGCAACGUGUUUUGCAAACUGAACUCAAUGUUGGACUCGAAACAACGAAAACGAUCGUUUUGGGGGAAUGAAAUGGAGCAUAAUGCGCCAACUAAAAAUGUGUUUAGCGUAAGGCAUAGAUGUGGAGGAAAGAAUAAUGUUCAUCCCUUAACUAAUACAAGCUCUAACACAAUAUGGACGUGUACCUAACUAGGCUUGAAACGUUAAGUUUCGUUACGGAGCGACAAAUGAGCACUGAGUGGAUGCGGUGGAUGAACUCAUUAUUGACUCAUUAUUGAACUCAUGAACUGGAUGAACUCAUUAUUAUGUUUACUUUUAUUGGUCAUAUUCUAAAUAUUGUAUUAUUGUAAUGAAAGGAAAACGGCGGUAUCGUGACAUUGUUUGUAAAAUAAAGAAUUUUUCAA